UUGAUUGAAAUAAGAAACUUGUUGAUGAGUCAAAUGCCUUGAAGCAGUGAGGCCAGGUUUUAUUUGGAGAUGAAGCCAAUGUUUUUGCUGUUGCCUGGCUUCUAUAGAGCUAGCUUGAGCGCCUAUGCCACCCAAGGCUGACAGGAGGCCUUUUUGGGGGGAGUGGCUUAUCGACCGCUCCGCCCCAGCCACAUUUCUGCUGUGUUGCAUCCAUCGUCAUGGGAGGGCUGAUGCGAAUUCACCUGGGGCAGAUUGGCUAUUGGAUUCCCCGCGAUGCAUCUUGCGCUAUUGUGUUCUGAUGGCUGGGAAGGCAUCGGAGCGGCGGUUAGACAAGGAGUUGGAGUGCGGCUGGCCACUGAGCAGGCGCUGGCAAUUGGGAGUCCAACGGCGAUGUUUUUCCAUAGCUAAUAAUAAGCCGUAUGGCUGUUUCAUUUCCAGCCUGGUGAGUCAGUGCUAAUUAGGACUUGUAGAGUUCGGUCCGUAGUCAUUGUUGAGAUGCCUUGCGGUAAGGCAGCACUGAGAUGUCUCUGCGUGGGGGCCGUGGGUGAUGGUGAUAUUCGUACAGACAGCAAUAACCAGGAAAGGCAUGGCAAUGCAUUCAAUUGAUAGACAAGGGCACUGCCACAACAGCGGUUAGUAUUGGAACG